GAAGCGGAGGACAGAUGAUUUGAUACAAAGUAACAGUCGGCAGUUGAAUGCAUUAUGAGCUCAUCACGAUUAAAGUUUGCGCUGCUGGUUGUUGUUUACAGUGUGUGUCAUGCGCUGGAGGGAGGGAUGUUGUUUCCCAGAGAAUCUCCCACCAGAGAAGUGAAAGAUGUCAGCGGGUUGUGGAGCUUCAGAGCGGAUUUCUCUCCGGACAGGAAGCAAGGCUUUGAGCAGGCGUGGUACAAGAGUCCACUGGCCGAGACAGGUCCAGUGAUUGACAUGCCUGUACCCUCCAGCUACAAUGACAUCACGCAAGAUGUUAAAAUCAGGGAUUUCAUUGGCUGGGUGUGGUAUGAGAAGGACGUGUGGGUGCCCACACGCUGGAUCCAGGAUCAGGGAACACGAGUGAUGUUCCGAGUUGGAAGUGCACACUAUUAUUCUGUGCUUUGGGUAAAUGGGAUUAAAAUGACGGAACACGCAGGCGGUCAUCUCCCCUUCGAGGCCGACAUCAGCGGUGUGCUGCGACAGAGUCCCGGAAGCACGUGUCGAAUCACCAUCGCAGUGAACAACACUUUAACUCUCGAGACUCUACCACCAGGAACCAUUCAAUACUUGACCGAUCGCACCAGAUAUCCUGCUGGUUACUUCAUUCAAAACACUAACUUUGACUUCUUCAACUAUGCUGGAAUACACCGAUCUGUGCUGCUGUACACUACACCGAAGGUGCACAUUGAUGACAUAACAGUGGAGACAUCUUUCUCGGAUAACAUCGGGCUGGUCAGUUAUAAAGUGUCUGUGUUGGGCGGCUCUAAGGCCGAUGUGAAAGUGAUGCUCUCGGCUCAGGACGGCCGAUGUGUGGCCUCAGCAAACGGAUCUACAGGAGUUCUGAAAGUAACCAACGUCAAUCUCUGGUGGCCAUACCUGAUGCACGAAAAUCCAGGAUACCUGUACUCCAUGGAGGUUGAGGCUACAGCGGAGGAUGGACAGAAGGACAUUUACACUCUUUCUGUGGGCAUUCGUACUGUAAAAGUGACCAGCACACAGUUUCUCAUCAACAACAAGCCGUUCUACUUCCAUGGAGUGAAUAAACAUGAAGAUGCAGAUAUUCGUGGUAAAGGCUUCGACUGGCCUCUUGUAGUGAAAGACUUUAACCUGAUGAAGUGGAUGGGGGCGAACUCGUUCCGCACCAGUCACUACCCGUAUGCUGAAGAGAUACUGCAGAUGGCCGAUCGUCACGGCAUUGUGGUUAUAGACGAGUGUCCUGGAGUUGGAAUCAAAGACAUCCGCAGUUUUGGGAAUGCUUCUUUGGCCCAUCAUCUGAUUGUCAUGGAGGAGCUGGUGAAACGUGAUAAGAAUCACCCAUCUGUGGUCAUGUGGUCCGUGGCCAAUGAACCGGCAUCUGAGAUGCCGCCUGCUGAAUUCUAUUUCAAAGAACUCGUGUCACAUACUAAAUACUUGGAUUCCACUCGACCUGUCACGUACAUCACAAACAGCAACUAUGCCAGAGAUAAAGGGGCUCCAUACGUGGACGUUAUUUGUGUGAACAGCUACUUCUCGUGGUAUCAUGACCCGGGACACGUUGAAGUCAUCAGUAUUCAGCUCAACACUCAGUUUGAUAACUGGUAUGAGAAAUACAAGAAACCCAUAAUACAGAGUGAAUAUGGAGCAGACGCCGUGCCUGGACUACACAAUGAUCCGCCCAUGAUGUUCACAGAGGAGUAUCAAAAGACCGUCCUGCAGAACUACCACAACGUGUUUGAUCAGAAGAGGAAGCAGUUUGUCAUUGGAGAACUCAUCUGGAACUUUGCUGACUUCAUGACGGCUCAAACCAUCACUCGAGUGGUUGGGAAUAAGAAAGGGAUCUUCACCCGUCAGCGGCAGCCGAAAGCUGGAGCAUUUCUCCUGAGAGAGCGCUACUGGAGGAUCGCCAAUGAGACCGGUGUGCUGCCCACCUGGGCCAGAUACCCCUGCCAAUGAGCUCGCUGGAUCAGCUGCUUCUUGUGUUCAUGCUGAUGUACAACCUGCAGUAUGACGAUCAUCUCUGUGGAAGCACACAGACCCUUCUGGACAAUUCUUAAAUGUGAAUCAAAUCAUUUCUGAAUGCUGUUUGUCCUGUGUUACGACACUCAGGUGGCACAAAUACUCUAUGGAAACCACUUUUUGGAUCAACUCAUGUUAUGGACACACUAGUUCAGCUGUUGAAAUGCAGCAACACUGUUACACCAGAACAGGAAUAUCUUUGCUCAAAAGUGCCUUAUCCAAGUGUUCAGUCUCUGGGAAUAAACAAUUUUCAUGUUUAUGUUUAAUACAGAUGGCCGAAUUAAACUUGUGAAACCUGUCCAGAUCAUAUUUCCACCCAAAAUCAAAAGAAAUCAAACAUUAUGUUUUGCACAAACAAUGAAGCCUAUUUUAGGACCUUUUUUGUAUUAUUUGUAAUAAUUAUUUACAUUCCCAACCAAAUUCUAAUUACUGUAAUGCAACAUAAAAAAAAAAGCUAUAUUCAUUUAAUUUACAGUAUUUAUACAUGUCUGCAUUUGUUGAACUGCCUUUAUUUUAGGCCGAUUAAAAAGCAAAACAUUAAUUUUACAGCUGACCAUUUAAAUAAUAAAUCACAUUAUGGAAAUAACCAUUUGCAGGGAAAUGUGUCGAAAUGUCAUGAAAAUAUUCAUCCAAAAAUAAACUUCAAUUUCAUUUUUUUCUGAAUUGAUUUUGGGUUGAAAUGUGGACGUUUUUGUUAAGAUUCACCAAAACAAGGGGUAUUGGGGGGGGGGUGUUAAAUGUUGAUUCAAUGUAUAUAUGUUGUGUUCUUUCUUUGUUAUAUGUCUAUGAAUCAAUAAAAAACAUUUAAUUAAAAAAAAAUUUAAAAAAAGGAAUUCACCAAAACAGGUUUUUUUUUUUCUAAUCCUGUGGACCUUUAGUCCUUUAGUAUCUGCAGUUAUCUUUAAUCUUAAUCAACUUUUAUUCAUUUGGGUUGUAUAGCAGCAGAAUAAAACAUGGUGGCUUUUCUCAGUGUGUUUUGUUCAUUUUUGGAACAUUGUAAAGUGCACCUUACUUUGUCAUGAGCAACUCAAGAAGUCCUUAGUCUUUCUCGACAUUACAGACAUCCUCAGCGAUGUUGUCAUCGAGUAUUAUCAUGCUGAAAUAAACAACAUUCCACAAGAACAUUCUUGAAAUUCA